GAGCGCCUAGAAAAGGAGAAGCUUGAAAAAGAACGUCUCGAAGAAGAACGUCUCGCAAAAGAGAAGCUUGAAAAAGUGCGUCUCGAAAAGGAGAAGUUUGAGAAAGCUAAGGCUGAAAAAACGAAACAAGUAAAGAAAGAAAAGGGACAUUUGGAACAAGAAAACGAUGAAAAGGAUCGUUUAAAGCAUCUAGAAGUGGCUUCAAAUCAAACGCUUGUCAACGAAGCUUCAGGUGUCUCUAGCUCUACAGCCAAUAAAUCAGUCAUCCCUGAUGAGAAUACAAAGAAUAUUAUACCACCUCCUGGUAUCCACUCGCCUAUGGUCAAUGGUGCCUCACCUGAAAAUAGACAGCAGGUUCUGAUUGAAGCCUUAGUAGGCCCUUCUGUAAGGUCUAGCCAUGCAGAACCACUCAACGCAUCUUCUAUCCUUCCACCAAAUCACUUUCAACCGCCACCUUUCAUGCCUUCUCAUUUGGACGUCUUACAAGGCUCCACUUCUCCUUCCAUCCUUUCAAACUCUACACCCUCCACUAUCAACGAUAAUUCACCUAUGAUUAGCUUGUUUAAUAAUAAUCGAGUUUCAACUCCUCUAGAGCCUGAAAACGCGACGACUACUCGUCGAUCCAUCACAUCGAUUGCUCCUAUAGGUCAACCCUUAACAGGUCGUCGUAUCUCAGCAGCUCAUUUAAGCAACAAUCAUAACGCUGAUGCGCUAUCAUCUUCUGCUUUACAUUUCGAACCUGCUAUGACCACAGAUCCGCUUAUUGCUGCUUCUCAUGCUAUUAAGCGUCCCUCUGUCGCUUCACCGUUCGAUACCACUGGUCAAGAGCCUCGUUCCUUCUUCUCGAGCUUCUUAUUUGGUGACGCGCGAUCAAGCCAACAUUCUGUACCACCGGCUGCGUCUGUUGCAAGUAAUUUCGUGCCAUUAAAAGAUUACGACAGACCAUUUUCAUCAACAGCAACAAAUACAAAUCAACCGCCUGUAUCAGCUAUAGGUUUCUCUAAUAGACGUAUCUCAAAUGACAUGGUAGGACCUUCCACACAAAGAAAAUGGACGAAUGGCUGGACAGCAUCGAAUUUAUUAUCGGAAGAUGUUCAUGGCAAGCUGUUCGGUGAUGCAUUGGUAGAGUAGACAAUUAUAUAACAAUGAUACACGAAACUGUUGGAUUCUAACAGAUAGCCAUUUUCUC